AUGGGGUGCCGGCACGAGCAACGGUUCAACUGUAGAGCUGCUACGACUCGAUUCCCAGUCACUGUCUCCACCGCCUUUGAAUUUCUUUCCCCAGAUUUUUAUCGAACACUUCGUCGGCGUAAUUCUCCUUCUAUCGGAGGCUUUUCUGUUCAAAACCCAAUGUCAUCUUCUUCUGCACACUACCUGUUCGACGUUAUGCUUGAACCAGAUAUAGGAGUUUCGGACCCAUAUGUGGUGCCGUGUAUGGGAAGUGAUCUGCCUCAACCUCUAGAAUGUCUUCAUGGCCAGCUAGUUCCGCCAUUUCUGUGGAAGACUUUCGAUCUUGUUGAGGAUCCUGCGAUUGAUCCGAUUGUAUCUUGGGGUUCAGCAGGGCAGAGCUUUGUGGUUUGGGAUCCCGUGGAGUUUUCUAGAGUCAUUCUUCCUUCUAAUUUCAAGCAUAACAACUUCUCCAGUUUUGUCAGACAGCUAAAUACUUAUGGGUUCCGCAAGAUUGAUACAGACAAGUGGGAAUUUGCAAAUGUAGCUUUCCAACGAGGGAAGAAAUACUUAUUAAAGAACAUUCAGAGGCGCAAAUCACCUCAUUCAGAGCAGGUUGGAAGUUUGAUAGGGCCAUCUACUGGUGGAGGGAAGUCUGGAUUAGAAGAUGAAAUUGGGAAGUUAAAGAAAGAGAGGAGCAUGUUAUUGCAGGAGGUUGUUGAAUUGCAGCAGCAGCAUAAGGGAACUGCUCAGCAUGUCAUCACGGUGAACCGACGCCUCCGGUCAGCAGAGCAGAGACAGAAGCAGAUGAUUACUUUCUUGUCGAAGUUACUUCGGAAUCCAGAACUCUUGUUUCACCUGAAGAAAAAUAAGGAACCGAAAGAUAUCGAUUCCGAGAGAAUCAAGCGGAAAUUUGUUAAGCAGCAUAAACACGAUGGUUGUACACUGUCCAUGGAAGGGAAGAUCGAAACAGCAAUGGAUUUGAAUCCAAGCCUGUUUGAAGGACCUUCUGCCUACCUUAUGCAGGGAAUGGGAUCAUUUCCAGAUAGCAUACCCGAUUUUCAACUUAUGAAUGCUUCAUCAAGUGAUUUAAUUGCGUCUGAGGAAUUAGCAUUCCAUGAUGGAAUUGUAAAACCAAGAGAGGAGCUGAGGAUAGAGGCUUCGAAGGCUAUUGGGAGUCCUGACUAUUUUGGCUCUUUGGCAGAGGAUAUUCUACAGUCCUCACAUCAUGGAACUGGAAGUAUCAUUAAACCAGAAGAAAUUUGGAAUGCAUACUUGAAUGUCGAUGCUAGUACGCCCGGUUCGAGCAACGAGUUGUGGAGCAAUCCAGUCGGCUUUGAGGAUCAAUUUUGGCAAGUUUCUUGCGGACAGUCUCCAAUCUGGGAUUUAGGCUCCCAGCAGGCUGGAGAUUUGGGCAUGGACAAGUGAUCGGCUUCUGGUUUCCCAUUCAACGACCCAGAUACUCGAGCUUAUCCCAAAAAUGCAGAUCAGACUUUAUGACAUAGUUUGCUUUUGCAGCUACUAUGAAUCCUAGUUAUUUCUAGUUGAAGGAACUGAAUAAUUCAUUUACUUAGAUAAUGAAUUGAUUAUGAACUUGCUUGCA